CCCCUUUGCGUGCUGGGGGACCUGGGCAAGUUGUAUAAGCGCUCAGAGCCUCUGUGUUCUUAUCUUGAAAACGGGGAUGGACAGCACUUCUUGGGAGGACUGGAAGGGCCGGCGUGCUUAGAGGGGAGGCUCAGAACAGACCUGAGGGGUCCAGCUGUCGUGGGGGGGGGCGCCUGCGGCUGCCUAACCCCCUCCCUCCAGGCCCAUGAGGACUCGGAGAAGCUUCGGGAGAUCGUGCUGCCCAUGGAGCAGGAGAUUGAGGAGCUGAAGGCAAAACUGCUCAGAGCAGAGGAGCUGAUUCAAGAGAUCCAGAGACGGCCCCGGCACCCCCCUUCCUUGCACGGCUCUACGGAGUUGCUGCCCCUGUCCCGGGACCCGUGGCCGCCGCUGGAGCCCCCGGAGGAGCCGAGCGGAGACGGAGGCGCGGCGGCCGAAGCCUUCGCCCACAACUGUGACGACGGUGCCUCCAUCUCCUCCUUCUCCCUCGGCGGUGGGGCUGGCAGCGUCACCCUGCCCCGCAGCCGCCAGGGCCUGAGCCCCGAGCAGGAAGAGACGGCCUCUCUGGUGUCCACGGGCACUCUGGUCCCCGAGGGCAUCUACCUGCCCCCUCCCGGCUACCAGCUCGUCCCGGACACCCAGUGGGAGCAGCUGCAAGCGGAGGGGCGGCAGCUGCAGAAGGACCUGGAGAACGUCAGCCGGGAGCGGGACGAGCUGCAGGAGGGUCUGAGACGGAGCAACGAGGACUGUGCCAAGCAGAUGCAAGUGCUCCUGGCCCAGGUCCAGAACUCAGAGCAGCUGCUGCGGACCCUGCAGGGGACCGUGAGCCAGGCCCAGGAGCGGGUUCAGCUGCAGAUGGCGGAGCUGGCCACGUCACACAAGGGCCUGAGCCAUGAGGUGAAGCGGCUGACUGAGGAAAACCAGGGGCUCCGGGCCGAGCAGCCGCCGUCUUCAGCCCCCCAGGGUCUGGAGCAGGAGGGGGGCCACGAGGAGUCGCUGCCCAGCUCGGUGCCGGAGCUGCAGCGGCUGGUACGCCUCACGAGGCAGGAGGCGCACGCCCAGCAGCAGGCCCGGGAGCACGAGGCCGAGCGCCUCCGGAUCGAGAUCGUGACGCUCCGCGAGGCGCUAGAGGAAGAGACGGCGGCCAGGGCCAGCCUGGAGGGGCAGCUGAGGGUGCAGCGGGAGGAGACAGAGGUGUUAGAGGCCUCCCUGUGCAGCCUGAGGACGGAGAUGGAGCGGGUCGAGCAGGAACAGAGCAAGGCCCAGCUCACAGACCUGCUCUCAGAGCAGAGGGCGAAGGUGCUGCGGCUGCAGGCGGAGCUGGAGACCAGCGAACAGGUGCAGAGGGAUUUUGUACGACUGUCCCAGGCCCUGCAGGUGCGUCUGGAACGGGUCCGCCAGGCGGAAAGUCUGGAACAAGUGCGCGGUAUCAUGGAUGAGGCGCCACUCAGGGACAUCAGGGACAUCAAGGACACCUGAGCGGCUAGAAGCCACCCACCUUGGGGGAGACUGCCUUUCCCCGCUCCUGAACCCAGAGGCCUGGGCUUUGGUGGGGGGCGGGGGGUCUCAGGAUAGAGUCUUCAUCCCCUCCAAGCCUGGGGUUGGGGUGCUGGGGCCACCACUGCCCUCUCUCCAGCACCUCCCCCCAGGGGUGGCUGGCCUCCUGCUCCCAAGGACGACACCUGGGCCGGAGUCCCAGCCCCCCUCCAGGAACCAAAGGUGUAGGCUUAGCCCUGCGGCUUUCUGGCUGCCAUGCUGCCUCCUGGGUCCCAGCCCUCCUGCCCCGCCCCAGCCAGACCGGCAGCCGGGCCCUGGGUGGUGGCUGGGAGCCUCUGGCCCACAGCAGCCGGUCCCUCCACACGCGCACCCCGGGACAGGCAGCUGCUUUCUGGACUGCAUGACACUAAGAUGCUUGUCCCCAGGGCCCGACCCAGGCCCCAAGACGUGCACAGAGGCAAGACCAGACUUUUCUGUCAUUUAUUUUCAAUAAAUAAGCAGCUCAGCUCAA